AUGACGACACCCUCUCCGCCCAAACCUUGGGAGCGCGCUGGCGCAGCAGCUGGCGCUGGGACAACAACACCAACCACUUCGACCGCCAUGACUACUCCCUCCUCUGCCGAUGCUUCCUCGGGGAUGCCAGCUCUUCCCGACCGACCUUCCACUCUCAACAACGUAGUGAACCAGACCGCGUCUAAUUACACGAACCAGAAUCGGUUCGCUACCGGAAUGGGUGCCAACCCAUAUUCUUCCCCAUACUCGUCGUACUCGUCGCCAUACAAUCGGUUCGGUGGAGGCAUGUAUGGCGGGGGGAUGUACGGUGGCGGCUAUGGUGGUUACGGGGGCGGCAUGUAUGGCAGUGGCAUGUACGGAGGAGGUUAUGGAAAUUACCCCGGCAUGCCUGGCGAUCCCAACAAUCAGAGCUUGACCCAGACAUGGAACCAAAGUACGGCCGCAACGUUUCAGAUAAUGGAGAGCAUCGUGGGUGCGUUUGGCGGAUUUGCGCAGAUGCUCGAGAGUGCAUAUAUGACGACGCAUUCUUCAUUCUUUGCUAUGGUGUCGAUGGCGGAGCAAUUAGGUAACCUCCGCCAAACACUCGGAUCGGUGCUAGGAAUAUUCACAUUACUUCGCUGGAUGCGCACACUCAUUGCCAAAAUCACCGGCCGACCACCUCCAGCCGAUGCUACAGCUCUUACUCCUGCCAACUUUUCAUCAUUCCUCUCCGGCGGACACGCGCCGGCUACGUUACCCGAUGGCAGCCCCGCGCCUCCUCGGCCAUCCAAAAAACCAUUCAUCAUGUUCGCGAUCGCCGUCUUUGGCCUGCCUUACCUGAUGGGUAAACUCAUCCGCGCAAUGGCCCGCUCUCAAGAAGAAGAGCAAAGGCGGCAACAGGAGCAAAUGUCGCUGACGUACACCAACCCCAACGGCGAACAGGUGCCCGUCGAUCCCCGAAAACUCGACUUCUGCCGCGUUCUCUACGACUACAUUCCUGCACCCAACUCUGGCGGCAUGGACCUCGAAGUGAAGAAGGGCGACUUGGUCGCCGUUUUGUCAAAGACUGAUCCCAUGGGUAACGCGUCGGAGUGGUGGCGCUGCAGAGCCCGUGACGGGAAGAUGGGAUACCUGCCCAGUCCUUAUCUCGAGCCGAUUCAGAGACCUGUUCAGCGACCGGCGCAGGCACAAAUCACCGACGGCGCCGCCACAGCUUCAGCGCCAGGGAGCAGGAGCGCGACGAUGAAAGGAAGUGGUCCUCUCGCGGCUACCAAGUUACUCGAGCAAGGCGACCGGGCGAAGAGCCUCAGUUCGAUCAUUUCGCCCGCAGGCGCCUUCAACGGUAAUGCGCAAGCGCCCGUGGCCGUCGGUGCCAAGGGUCCAGAGAUGAAGAGCAAGCCAGGCGAUAUUUCCGCCGAGAGUUUCCAGAAGAGCGCUUUUUAUUCGUGA